UUUUCUGGAGACGAGGCAGGCGAGACCAGCAGUAACAAGAGAACUGCACUUCACAGCGGUCUGUCUGCCUAGGCUUUCCUGAAGCACCUGCGCUGUCCACCAGCAGCGUCAUUAAUCCCGCGAGACGACGGGUCCUCGGAAGGCACAAAAUUCCCCCUUUGCUAGAGCCCAGGUUUUUGCCGUCAAGUUAAAUUCCGGGGUGCGGAAGUAGCUUUGUCGUGCCGCCUCUAAUCGCUCAGAAAUCAACCCCAAUUCUACACGGAAAGCUAGGCCUCCGACCGCUAUGGAAGGGCAGCAAGGGCAAGAAAACCUCGCGACCCUAGCGCUUGCCCAAGCUCAUUUCCAGAAAGGCGAGUACGCGGAGGCCGAAGCGCUGUACUCCGCUUACGUUCGCCAGUACGCCUGUGCGGCCUCCGAGGGAGAAGCGCCCGGGAGCAAAUGCAGCCCUGAGGAUUUGGCUACUGCAUAUAACAACAGGGGGCAAAUCAAGUACUUCAGGGUGGAUUUUUAUGAAGCCAUGGAUGACUACACAUCUGCCAUAGAAGUCCAACCCAAUUUUGAAGUUCCGUAUUACAACAGAGGGUUGAUAUUAUAUAGGCUGGGAUACUUUGAUGAUGCUUUGGAAGAUUUCAAGAAAGUAUUAGACUUAAAUCCUGGAUUUCAAGAUGCUAUUUUGAGCUUAAAACAGACUGUUCUAGACAAAAAAGAAAAGCAAAGAAGAAAUUAUUGAAAAUUUUAACUUAAUUGAAAUAUUAACUCAUGAUCCACCUGGCAUCUCAUUGUCUCUAAUUUAAAGCUGGUGUUAAGCUAUUCUGAUUUAUAUUUAAGAUAAAGAGAUUCAUGCAUCAGCACUGAAAGUUAAAUGAUGUACUUAAGGUAGUUAAUUUCAGAUUGAGUAACUAUGUUGAGUAGGUAUGCUUUUAUGAAGUGUAAAUAAGUAAAAAGAAUGUAUAAUUGUAUAUUAUUACAGUAAAAUAUUUAAAGAAAUGUGUGGUAUUUUCUUCAGUAAAACUAUUUUGCUAUUUUUUAUUCCCAACUUUUUAUGAAAAAAAUCUUACCUCUGCAGAAAAUUGGAAGUAUAGUACAAUAAACACUUAUAAACUUUCCACUGAGAUUCACCAGUUGUUAACAUUGUGUCACAUUUGCUUUUUCUCUGUAUUUAAAUAUAUAACUUUUUGCUGAGCCACUUGAAAAUAAGUUGCGCAGAUAUCACAAUACUUUACUCCUAAAUAUUUCAGCCUGCAUUUUCUAAGAAUAGAGACAGCCUUCUUUAUAGCCACAAUACCAUUAUAAUACCUAAUAAAACUAAUAAUUCUAUAAUAUCAUUCAUACCCAGCCCAUAUUCGAAUUCCCCAAUUGUUUCCAAAAUGUCUUGUGUAGAUUUUUAUUUCUGAAUCUGGAGUCAAUCAAGUUACAUUGCAUUUUGUUGUUAAGUCUCUUUGUGUUCUUUUAAUCUACAAUAGUCCCCUGCCCAUUUUCUCCCCAUGGCAUUCACUUUGAGAGCAAAGCUAUUUUAUAUAGCUAGGCUAGAGAGACAUAACAUUUGGGCUUAAAAAUAAACACACGUCUUGCAUGAGAGCAAUUUGAAAGAAUUCAGCUUACACUUGAUUUUCUCUAGUAAUCAUUGAUAAGGUAGUUAAGAUUUAAAUAUCGAGCAUCGUUUUUUGUCUCUGGAUAAUGACACUAAUAAUUGCCAUCAUCAACAUUUACGGAAUACGGAAUACUCACUAUAAGGCAAGAACUGUUCAUACUCUAUAUAAUAAAUUGCGAAUGGAAUGGGGGUGGUUAGAGAGGUGAGAAACUGACUAAAAGCACUUAGUAAAUAGAAGGCUUUAAAAAAAUCUAUUUUAUUUGGGUGCUGCAAUGCAUGGUUAGGCUAUGAUGAAGCUUUCAAGAGCUGGGAAGGAUUUGAAGGGAAAACGAGCCAGAGUCACCAUGUCUCACCUACAUUUUUGUGUGUGUGUUUUUAUUGUUGAGGUUUGGCUUUCAAAGAUUCAGAGCCUGUAUCUGGGGAUUUCCCAAACUAGUUUAUUAUUGCUGUGGAAAAAGCUGUUCUGGGGUGGAAAUUGCCCUAAUCAGGAGAAAAGAGUAUGUUU